AUGCUGCUCCAGGAGAGCAGGCCCCGACUCAACUACGGCGCCCACUGCUGCCCCGGGAAAACAACUGAUGCUAUUUUGAAGGUAGAGCGCCGCAGAGACUUCGAGAAGGUUGCCACUCAUCCACAAGUGCAGAGUGAUGGAGACAGCGUGAAGGUGCUGAAAGUGAUUGAACGGACACUCACCCAGCCCUCCAUGCCUUUUGGCGCGUUCGCCGGCGAUGAACCUUACAUGGUGGUUGGAUAUGUUGCACGCGUCGACCUGAACAGGCGGUUGUGGCUCAAGCCUCGCUUGCCAAAGGACAUUCUCUUCCUCUUCGGUGGCUGGACAACGGGCGCGACCAACGACAUGCUGACCUACGACUGUCGUGCUGCCAAGUGGCGCGUGAUGGAGAACCAGAACGCUACGGCCAGGGCGUGCCAUGGCGUGGCCGUGGUCAACAAGUGCAUCUACAUCGUGGGUGGCAACGACGGCCGCGUGUGCUACCGCACGGUCGACUGCUUCGACGUGGCUCAGGCCCGAUGGAGCGCCAAGGCUAGCAUGGCGUAUGAACGCAGCUACGUGAGCGUUGUAGCUCUCCAGGGUCACAUUUACGCCAUGGGAGGUUCCGACGGCCGGAACUGUACCGACACGGUGGAGCGGUACGACGUGGAGAGAAACCAGUGGUCCAUGGUGGCCAGCAUGAACGACGUCCGCAGUGACGCCAGCGCCGCCGUAGCUGCAGGACGUAUCUACAUCGUGGGAGGCUUCACAGGUCGCGCUAUUCUCGACACCGUCGAGUGCUACGACCCGUCGACCGAUGUUUGGACCCGGCUGCAAGCCAUCUCCUCGCCCCGUCGUGGCCUCAUGGUGGUCGCCGACAACGAGACGCUGUACAUCAUGGGCGGCUUUGACGGCACCCACACUCGCUGUUCCAUGGAGAAGUUCGACGUGAGGACAGCGAGGUUCUCAAUGUUACCCGGCAUGCCUGAGGCCACGAGCAACUUCGCUGCCGUCCUGCUUGAAGGUUGCAUCUACACCAUAGGGGGUGUCACACAAGUGACCACUUCAGAGAUCGUCAGGCGCUACGACAUCGCCUCCGAGAGGUGGUACAGGGCAUCAAAGAUCCCAAAGAGCUGCAGCGCGUCCGCCGCCUGCAUCAUUGAGGACGUCGCUAACCCUGCCGCCUGGGUAUAGGCCGCCCUAUUCAAGAGCCACCAGGGUGUGAAGAGCAAGACUUCAGUUGGGCCGGAAACUAGCGCAAGGUGGCUGGCAGAAUAAAACACAACUGAGAAAAGACAAGAAUUGUGUGAAUUUUUUUAACAAAAUACCCGU